GCGGAAGUUCAAACGCUAAUCAAAACAAACAAAAAUGCAAUGAUAAUAAUAUUAUAUCUAGAUCUAGAUCUACAUCUAACAUAGACUCUCCCUAUCUAGAGUAGAUCUAUUCUAGAUCUAUAUAAAUUAUAUACAGUGAAUUAGAAUCUACUUUGAUCUAGAUCUAUAAAGUGAUCAUAAGAUGUCUGACAAAGCUAUUUCAGGUGUAGAUGGAAAAACACAAAUAAAUUCAAGCAACUCCCUACAAACAGAAAAUUCUAAUAAUUCAGAAAAUAAUCUGAGCAGCUUAGAGCUUUUAGAAAGUGGAAGUGAAGCAGCAGUGAAUAUUGGUGCUGUACCAGACUUUUUAAGUGCCAAAUGGGAUCCUGAUGAUCCAACUGAUACAGAAGUUACAAGUCCACCAUCACCUUCUUGUAUCAGGCGCAUUAAAAAUGAUAUUUUGGCCAUUUACUCAGAGCCUCCACCAGGAUUAUGUGUUCUGCCUGAUCCUAAUAAUAUUACAAAAAUUCAUGCUCUACUAACAGGACCAUUUGACACACCAUAUGAGGGAGGUUUUUUUUACUUCCUCAUUCGUUUUCCUUCAGAAUAUCCCAUCAGUCCACCAAGAGUACGUCUUAUGACUACAGGCAAUGGAACUGUCAGAUUUAACCCUAAUCUUUACAAGAAUGGAAAAGUCUGUCUCAGUAUUCUUGGAACAUGGGCAGGCCCUUCAUGGAGUCCAGCUCAAACUUUGUCUACUGUCCUGAUUUCUAUUCAGUCCUUGAUGAAUGAAAAACCCUAUCACAAUGAGCCUGGAUUUAAGCAUGAACGAACAUCUGGUGAUUGUAAACACUACAAUGCUAUUAUUCAGCAUGAAACUAUACGAGUAGCAGUGUGUGAUAUGAUAGAAGGAAACAUCAAGAUUCCAGAUACCUUAAGAGCUGUUAUGGAAAGUUCGUUCCCUGACUAUUAUAAAUAUUAUGUUCAAGUUUGUGAAUCGCAUCUUCAUCUAGAUGGCAUGGAUAUGAAUGAUCCUUUUGGUGAUAGCAGACCAAAGUUUGACUUCAAGUCAUGUCUUAAACGACUCAAUUCCAUCAAAGCUAAAUUAGACAAUAAUACAAGGGAAUCAGAAAAUGAUGAUGAAGAUGAGGAUAAAUUAAGUGAUACUGAAGUUGAUAUUAAUGAUAGUUGACGCCAGAAUACAAUGAAAUGUCAAAUGAAUGAGAAUGUUUCAGCAACUUUAUGUAGAUCAUGCCAUUGUAUUAUUUCAUAGUGUGUUCUUUAUUACAAGUACAUAAAUGUCAUGUAAAUAGUUAUUAGUAAAUCUAUUUAUAUCAACAGAACAAUUUAUAUCUUACUUUUAAAGGGAUGUGAUUUGUUGAUUUGUUACUUCUUUUUGAACAUCCAGUAAGAACAUUAUUAUUUAUUUUUUUAUAACAGAAUUAGGUCUUUUUGCUAACAAAAAAAAUAGAUUUUUAGUACUGCCACUACAGCUUCUUUCUUGCAAGUACUUUGACAAACUUUUGUUAUUGAAAUGUGAGUAUGCUUAAGUUAGAAAGAUAACAAACAGCAUUUAGGACAGCCAUCAGCAGCAUAAUUUUUUAUGAAAAAUAAAUCAGUCACUUAUUACAGGCUUCAACGUCUUUAGUAUCUGCAAUUUGUUCAGAUCCUGCAGUCCAUCUUGUUUACUUAGCUUUAUAAACAAUUUUAUUUCUAAACGUUUUAAUAUUUGAGCUUUUUUUUAAUAUAACACUGACUUACAUGACUAACUUACUGUUAUAGCACACUUUGUGAGGUAGGUUUUAAGAGUGGGUGAGUUAAUGUUGUUACACUUCAGAAUGAUGAUCAGUGGUAUAUUAUUCACAUCUCUGGCGGAUCCAGAAGUGCGGGAUCCCCCCUUCCCAAAGGGGGCAGGAGGCAAAUUUUUGUAGAGAAAUCACACAAUUUGUAAAUAAAUUCUUUAUUUAUGUUUAUAUAAUAUAUUAAUUAUUCAUAUUUUAAUCUAUUUUUAGAUUAUUUUUCCCCCCCUCUAGUAUGUUGGCUGAUUUGGUGGGAUGGGGGUAGGUGAUUCACUUGGGUAGAAAUCACAGUUUUUUAACAGAAUUAGUUAAAUAUCUAUAUGAUAAAACCUACUUAUUGAUAUUUUAACCAAACUUUAUAUUAUGUUGUUCCAUUUCUGAUAUGUUGGCCAAUUCUGUAGGGUGGGGGUCGACCACAUCUACUGCCCUCCCUUCUCCCAAACUCUUUAAGUGAGGAGGGGGCUGUUCAAUUUGUAUGUAGAAAUCAUAGUUUGUGAACAAAAUUAUUUGAAUAUCUAUAUAACUUUUAUACUAUGUCGCUCCCCUUUUGUAUCUUGGCGGACUUGGUGUGGUUGGGUGUGUGUGUGUGUGUGUGGGGGGGGGGGUAUCUACUGCCCUCCCCAUUCCAACAGUUCAAUUUUUAAGCAGAAAUCAUCUUUAUAAUAUAAUUUACUUAUUAAUACAAACCCAUUUGUAUAUUAUGUUGCACCACACUCUCAAAUUAAAUCAAUAGUAAAUAUAAAAUGAAAGAGGGUGGUACUAGGUGAGAGAGGCUAUAGAUGCAAUCACCUUCCCUCGCCCCGGACAGACUAAUACGUUUCCUUUUGUAUUUUUGUGAAGAAAUUACACAUUUUUAAAUUCCUAGUCUAGUUUUCCCAACCUUUACUCAAUCUGAGAUUUUUCUUUUGUAUCAAUAACUUUAGAACUAUAACUCACAAUUUAUACUUUUAAAAAUUAGAGUAGAAUCCAAUUGGUCUACUUAAUUUCUCCUCCCUCUUCCAAAACUUUUUGUUCAGAGCUUUGAAUGAUAGUUCAGUAACAAAACAAAGUUACAAACAGGUGUAUUGAACAAUGUUAAUCACUUAUAAAUUAAAGUUUUAUUUUUUAUAUAUUAUUUUUCGAAGACAUUUUUUUUCGGUGACCCUCAAAGCCUUAAUCUAAAUCUGUGGGAUAUCUGUUCCUUUUAAGGAAUAAAUCGGUUGUAUUUGCAAAGUAGUUGGGUCCUAUUUAUUCUUAUUAGAAUAUUUUUCAAGUAAAAUUAUUAUUCAAAAGGUUCUUAAAAAAAAAUUAGACAUUUUGCCCUUGUCAAAAUUGUUGAAUAGACAAAGAGUGUUUCACCAUUGUUCUGUUGGCAUCUUGUUCUGACCAAAACAGGCCUACUACAAGAGUUAUCGCUUAACAAGGAGAUGAUAAAUAAGCCUUAUGAAGAUAUACUUACGCUACUUGUGCCUUGAUUGUUGGUCACAUUUAGUAUCGACCCAUGCCCCCAUAUUACUUUAUUUUACUUAAUUUGACCUGCUUUUUUUUUUUUUUGGUAGGAUCAAUAAUGAACUAUAGAUGCCAGGAGAAUGCUUUUCUGCAGUGAACAAUGCAAGCAAAUGCUUGGGAGCUUACAGUACUCCCCCAGACCCCAUAGUUAAGGGGAAGGCCACUGUUUUUGUUGUUGUUUUUUUUGGCCAAAGUUUGAGAAACACUGCUCUAAUUGUAAUAUAGAACACUUUUUGUUAUUCUCUGAUAUAUAUACAGUGCUUUUUUUGUGACCAUACACACCAGUACGGCAUAUCGGCACAUUUUCAAUGUGGAGAAAAAAUUAUUACUUUUCUUGUAUUUCAAUGUUUAUUAUUAAUUUAUUAGUAGUUAAAAGUUUAAAAGUUGGGCAAUCUAUCACUGAGUACCGGCACCUAUUUUUUUUUUUUACAAAAAAAGCACUGGAUUUUUAUAUAUAUACAUAUAUUUAUGAUGUGUUAGGGUUUACUAGGCCUUAGGGUUAGGGUAUGGAAAAAAAAAAGCCCCCCCCCCCUUCCAAAAAAAUAUUUCUGGAUCAGCUAGUUAUUAUCAGACAGUGUACAGUCAGUUUAUUGUUUAUCAUUCUUUGAUUUCAGACUCUUAUGAUCAUAUCUGUAGAAAUGAGUUUAGAAAUGUCAUAAUUAUCAUUGACAAAACAUAAAGAAGCACAUUGGAUCAUAUUGAGAUGGGCUGCUGAGUGGAAUAAAUUGAUUGGCUAUCAAAUCCAGGUCCUUUUGUUAGAAUUCUAAUGAAGACUAGGAAUUUUUACCUUGAGCUGAGGACCAAAGACAACACAAUUACCUAGGAUGGCUGCCUGGUCGUGCGUUGGACUGUCGUUCAGAUUUAUCGAUUUUCCAGGGUUCAAACCCUGCCCGCUCCCAUCCCCCGUUGUCCUGCGGGAGGUUUAGACUAGGAAGUAAUUAUCUUCAAUAUCCGAAACAUGGAAAACAAACAAACCUUCUCCCCCAAAAAUUGGGCAAACUAUAUGAGUAUUGAGAUACUUACAUGUAUAAUAAUUUUCAAUGCCAUUCUUAAUUGAAAGGAACAAUUCUAAAAUGUAAAUGAGACUUUCCAGAACUUGUUUUAGAACAUUAGUCACUGCUUGAAACAGCUUAGAUUUCAUUGACAUGGCUAAACUAAUAGCUCACCCAUCAGAUCUUAGACAUAGGUUAUGUCGUGUAUACUUCAAUUACUGGUACUAAACCUUUUUUUAAGCUAGUCUUGACAGCUUGGCUUUGACUAAAAUAAUAUUUUUUACAAAACUUCUCAAUUAAUCUUCACAAUUUCCUAAAGUUGUGAAACUCAUUUUUCAAUUCAACGAUUAUUGUUAACAACAAGCAUUGGCUCUAUGAAUACAGAAAACAGCUGUUCUUUCCUUGUCUUGGACUGUGGUCUUGUUAUAGCUAAUUGUAAAGAAUGAAACUUCAAAAAUUUAGUUUAUUUUAUACAAAUAGUGUACAUUGAUUUAUAAUUUCAUUUUUUAAUGAAUUUCAAUCUAGAUCUUUAUGUCCUAGGCAUAAAUUUUGAUUAAAGACAACCUAUUACUUAUGUAUUUGGAAAAUAGUUAUUAAAUGAAUUUAUUGUUCUUUCCGAUUGAACAAGAAAUAUGUCGAGUAUUUUACUAGGAUAUUUAUUUUGUAUUUGUAACAUUUGUUUUUUAGUCUUUGCUACUUUUUUUGAUCAGCUGAUCUGGAGUGUCUCCAAGUUAAGUGGUGUUACUCUUAAUAAAUAUGAAUAAUCAUUUAUAAUAAACCUGUUUUGUUCUA